CCCAGGCAGGCGUAGUGAGCUGGGGGCUGGCCAGGCGGCAUGGAGGGGACGUUGGCUGGUGCUUCAGGGGAAGUCUCCCUGCAUGACUUCAGGGCCAGGCUGUGGGAGCAGCUUGUCCACUUUCACGUCAUGUGGCUGACCGACUCACUGUUCCUGUGGGUGGGAGCCACACGGCACCUGCUCAACCUCACUGUGGCCUUGUAUAACUGCUAUGACUCCAUCCCCGUGUCCACCUCCCUGCUUGGAGAUACUUCUGACACGACCUCCACUGGCCUUGUCCAGCACCCAGCCAGAAAGACCACCAAACAGGUCAGCUAUUACCUUCAAAACACAGACAGUAACUUCACAUUACUUGUAGAAAACAGGAUCAAGGAAGAAAUGAGACUUUUCUGGAAAAGUUCUUGCUGAGUGGCAGA